GGUCAGUCUUGCAUUGCGCUGGUUCAUGUGGUUUUGUCUGCUCGAUCACCGACAUGGCUGUUCAUGUCAACUUUCUUCUCCUCACUGGACUCACAGGAAUUCACAGCAUAACUACAGUCAGUGAAGUGUCAGUGAAGGCUGGAAGCUCAAUUUCUAUCCCAUGUCUUUAUGACUCAAAGUACAUAAACCAAGUGAAAUACUUAUGUAAAGGAUAUUUUUGGUCUUCCUGCUCUUAUUUAGUUAAAACAAACCAACCAAGUAGUUCAGGACAGUUUUUAAUCUCUGAUGACAAAAGCCAAAGAAUCUUCACUGUGACUAUAGAAGAUCUGACACAUGAGAACACUGGUUAUUAUUGGUGCGCUGUGGAGAUUAAUAAAGGGGACGAUGUCAAUAAGUAUAUUUACCUGUCUGUCACCGGAGGUACACUCAGUCUCUAUGCGAAGAAUCAGAAGUUAACAGGAUUUAAUGGAGAUAAUAUAACCAUCAAUUGUUACUAUACUAACACUGGAGAAACGAAGUGGUGCAGGCUGGGCAUCUCCUGUGUGACGAGGUCGUCUGGAUCAAUAGAUAGAACAAAAGUGACCAUCAGUGAAGGGGCCCACAGUGUUUUUAAUGUGACUAUGAGUGGACUGAGGACAGAGAGCAGCGGCUGGUAUUGGUGUGCCAAAGGAGAGUAAAAGUACAGCCGUAUG